AUGGUGCGAAAACUCAAGUAUCAUGAGCAAAAGUUAUUGAAGAAAGUGGAUUUUUUCUCGUGGCAGGCAGACAACAAUCUCCAUGAGGUUAAGGUCUUAAAACGCUAUUGCAUUCAGAGAAGAUCAGACUACACAGUGUACAAUAAACUAUCACGUGAUAUACGAGAGUUGGGUAAGAAGAUCAAGGAAGUUGAGCCUGACCAUCCUUUUCGUAUCGAGCAUAGUGCUCUGCUGCUAGAGAAGCUGUACAUGAUGGGUCUGAUCUCCACAAAAUGGGACUUGUCACAAACCCAGAAAGUAACAGCCAGUUGCUUCUGCAGACGGAGACUUCCAGUUGUUAUGGUGCGCAAUAAAAUGAGCCAGACAAUACCAAUGGCAACGAAAUUGAUAGAACAGGGUCAUGUCCGAGUCGGAGUAGAAGUCAUAAAAGACCCUGCAUUUCUAGUAACGAGGAAUUUGGAGGACUUUGUAACAUGGGUAGACACAUCUGCUAUCAAGAAACACGUACUGGAAUACAACAACGAGAGGGAUGACUUUGAUAUAGUGUAAUGUACAACACAUCAACUUUUGCUCAUAAAAUUAUUUUUUAUAUGAAAAAAAAAAGUAUUUAUUUAUGUCAACAAUUGUAUUUAUAUAUAAAAAUCUAUUAAUGAAGAUACUAACCAUUUACUUUUCAUUUUUUGUUCGUAUUAUAUUAUACAUAUUAAUUGUAUAUAGACAUACAUAUUUUGAGGAAUAUUGCUAGCGAGCUAGAGGAAUUGGCAUAAUUUCUAGUAACAGCACUGUCUUCUUGACAAAGUUUUGCUACUGUUAUAUGGACAAAGGUUGUUUUAAUUAUCAAGAUUUUUAUAAAAUAUAUAUGUCGAAAUAAUAAAGUACGUAUAGAUUCGUUGUAAUGAGAUAAAGUUUAUUAAAAGUCGUCACCACUUUGAAAUUAUAUGAAAGUUGCUUAAACAUAAUAAUCGCUUAAAUAUAAGCGCACGAAAAACGCAUUAACGUAAUUGUCAUAAAUAUGGAAGCUCUUGUUAUUUCGGCUUAGCGCGGAUGCGACACAUCCGAUUUUUACAAUCAGGAAUUAUAAAUGGUUUAUUAAGUAUCAACCAGUUUUUUUUUCAUAUAACAAAAAUCGAUCGAAUCAAUUAAACAUUUACAGUGUAUUCAGUUUUACUAUUUAAUAGUUUUAUUUUGGUAUCAAGUUUCUACAAAGAUUGCAUUCAAAAUUGGAAAAUCAGAAUCGUGGUCGCAUUUGGUGCUAGUCGACAAACAAAGAGCAAAAAUACAAUAAUAUGCAUCUUUGUACAAUUCGCUGACACUAUAAGAUUCAAUCAAUUGACCAGUAUAUAUAUUUCGGAACUUAUAUAUAGGAAGAACACUUAAUAGAAUCAACAUUAGAAAACGUGAAACGCGACAAAGAAAAACGGUAGUGGAGCAGCGAUGAAUCAUACUACGUGCAUUCCGAGCAGCCACUCAUUCAUAUACUUAUAAUGAUAAUUAGUAUUUAUUAUGAUUAUGAUACAAAUGUUACAUGUUAAUAUCUUUAUAGUAAUCGGCAGUCUCUGUGCUGGUCUCUGUGACAUCGCCGCCGCGUUAUAUAAUCUUUAUUACGUUCUACAGAACGCUCUGAGUACUCCAUGUUUUUUUUUCUCUUUCUCUUCUAUUUCUCCCUCGCUACUUCUAUAGAACGUAAUUGAUAGAUCAAACGGGGGCGUGUGUCGGCUCAGGUCCCUAAGUAUCUCCUCCUCCUUCUCCUUCUCCUCCUUCACCGUCAACUAUUUACAUAAUUGCCUUGCGAAAUCUCUCCGUAACACGCUGCAUUUAUUCACGGAAGGGAGAAAAAAAACGUUUACUCGUUGCUUUUGUCCCGGAUUCUUAUCUAUCUCCGCGACGUAUCGCCAUACCGGCGCUUCGAAAUUUUUUUAUACAAUUUGUCAGAAAUGAAACGUGAGUCGUGAUACCGCGCGUUUUUUUUCGUGGUACAAACGCGCUUGCGUGAUAUAUUUCUGAUAUAAAGGCUCGUAAUGAAAUAUCGUACAAAAAAAA